AUGUCUAUUAUCGAAAAAUAUAAAAGGAAUUGGAGCGAGCAAACAAGAAAAAAAAAAGUCGAAAAGGUUAUACUUGAAGAAAAGAAAAACAAAGCCGGAAGACUAAUAUUAAUACUACCAAGUGAACAAUUACCUAAUAAAUCUUAUUAUUGCAUAAUUGAAAAAGUCCAUUUUCAAGUAAUACCGGGUUAUACAAUUUAUGUCGAUCAUCGAAUUAGAUGGCUACAACUUGGAAUCAAUAUGACCGAUCAACAACAACCCGAACUCUACUUUUUAUUUGUUUAA